UUGGGUUGGUGACCUCCGCUUGCCCCAAGGCGGGAGGAGGAACUUCCUGUCCUGAACCGGGCGAAAGGCUAGUCGUGUGUCGAAAAACUACCAGGUGGUUGACUCGCGAACGUCCGUCCGGGAGCCAGAAAGGCUGCGCUCGUUGCCGUUGGGACUUGUGGGCGGGAUGUGCGGGUGCGCGCGCAGGAAGACGGGGUAAAAACGGUGGCUAUAGCUGAGGUAAGAACAAGGGGGGAAAAGAAGCAGGAGGAGACCGGCAGCCCGGAAACUAAAACGAAGUGGCCGUUGGCUGGGGGAUGGAAGUGGAGAAGAUGGAUGAGAAUGAAUGGCGAUACCACGGAGAAGGCAACAAGAGCCUCGUCGUCUCCCAUAGACAGCGUUGUGUGGUACUCCGUUUUUUGAAGUUUCCUCCAAAUCGAAACAAGACACCGGAAGAAAUCUUUCAGCAUCUUCAGAACAUAGUACAUUUUGGCAAACACAUAAUGAGGCAGUUUUUUGGGGAGACAUAUGUUCAUCAUGGGGAGGUUGUACAGCUGUCUUUGGACUUUGUAAAACAGCUUUGUUUAAAGAUCCAGUCAGAGAGGCCAGAAUCUCGCUGUGAUAAAGACAUGGACGCCCUUAGUGGUUAUGCUUUGUGCCUUCCUAACCUUACUAGGCUACAUUUUGUUGAACACCGACCAAUACUUUGUGUAGAGAUUAAGCCCAAAUGUGGCUUCCUCCCUUUCUCCUGCCAUGUUUCACAGGAGAUAAAACACAGAGUGUGCCGUUACUGCAUGCAUCAACAUCUGAAGGUAGCAAAAGGAAAGUGGAAACGACAAAGUAAAUAUUGUCCUCUAGAUCUCUUCUCAGGAAAUAAACAGCGAAUGCACUUUGCCUUGAGAAGUUUAUUACAGGAGGCACAGAAUAACUUAAAAAUAUUUAAGAACGGUGAACUAAUAUACGGUUGUAAAGAUAAUGAGGACUCUCUCUCUGAUUUGAAUGAACUUGCUCGCCAUCUGAAGCCUUUCUUCUUUCCUUCAAAUGGCCUGGUCAGUGGACCCCAUUGUACAAGGACAAUUCUGAAAGAAUUAAUCCAUGUAAUAACAAUGACUCUACUGAGUAGCACAGAUGCUUGCAAAGCAGGUGAUUUGAAGACAGUUCCCUCUUCACAAGGAAGGAGUUUCUGUGAAGCCAGUGCUUUCAGUAAAGAAUUAGUAAGAAAUGGCAAAAAUAAAAUGGACACCUCUGGCUUGCCAAAGGAAUGUCUCCUUUACAAAACACUUCAGGCUCAGAUGCUGGAUAUGCUGGAUAUUGAGGGUGUUUAUCCUUUGUACAACAGAGUAGAGCAAUACUUGGAAGAGUUUCCCAAAGAGAGGAAUGUGUUACAGAUAGAUGGACCUUAUAAUGAAUCAUUCUACGAGAAGCUACUAGAUCUUGCAACUGAAGAUGAUGGGACAGUAGCGUAUGCAUUGACAAAGGUUCAGCAGUAUAGAGUUGCAAUGACAGCAAAGGACUGUUCUGUCAUGAUUGCACUUUCACCUUGUCAACAGGAUGAAUGUACAGAGCAGAAGCAGGUGAUUCUAACUUCUAAAUCAAGAUUCACCUUUUCAGUCUCCGUGUUGGAUCUAGACCUUAAGCCAUAUGAAAGCAUUCACCAUCAGUACAAACUUGAUGGGAAAAUAGUAAACUACUAUUUGAAGAACACACAGGCCAAAGAUGACUUGGUGAUGUCAAAUCUCUUGAAAGAAAAUGAAGACUGCACACUAGUUCUCCAUAAAAUGUAACUGGCUAAAUAUUUAUUGAAUGCAGAAUGGAAAGAAUUAAGUUAUGUUCGUUUUCUAUUUUCAGUUGUGGUUUAAAUUGAUCUGCCUUUCAGAAACACAAUACCACUAGGACCACCUUGAAGGAAUGCAUUUAUGGUAAAACAGACAUAUACAUACCCUGAAGCUAUUAGUAAACGGGUUGCUGGGAAAGUAAUGUUUGAAUCAAAUUACUACUGUAUGAAGCAUAAAAAUGAGUUAUCUUGAACUUGAUUCUUUAAUGCAGGGAACCAGUGUUCCUAUGAGGUCUGCUGAUGAAAUAGGAUGUGAAUUGCUGAGUAGCACUUGCUCAAAAUAAAUGGUAAAAGUAAACUAGUUCCCAUUCAAAGUCAUUCUUGAGCUGGAUAGUUAACAAUAUGGUACUGUCUAGGUUUGCAGCUUGUAUCUUAACAAAUAUAUUUUUGUCUUGUGAGAAGGUUCUAUAAUUUGGUUGUUUCUGAAAGUGGUAUUGUGGUGGCCAUUCUCAAAAGUGAUUUGAAUAAAUGAAAGAAAACAUACAAAACAAGGGAGCUUUGUUAAUGAUAUAGAGAAAAACAGCCUUGCUUUAGUUAAGAUUAAAAACUAUCAAAACAAACUAGCUCUUCCUUAUACAAUACUGCUUUUAAUUGUUCAGUAGAAUAAUUUAAUUACAAAGAAGCCUUUUCUAAUGAUCCAAUUGCUUGCACAAUUACUAUUUUUGUUUCCAUAUAAAAUAAUUCUUAAUUCUAUAUAAAAUAAUUAUACAUGUGCCUCACUGAUACUCAGAAAUCUUCCAGUACACUAAAUGAUUGAGGUUAUUUGUUGAGGGAAGCACUUGUGAAGUCAAAUACUGGCUUUAUUCUCUCUCUCUCUCCCCCCCCCCCCCAGUGUGGUGGGUUUUGUUCUUAAUAUUUUGCAGUGUUCCCAAUUUGAUAUUAAAACCUUGGAAGUCACUCUUCCAGGGCUUGCUAAAAUAAGCUUGUUUGUAACUGAGUUGUUCCCCCUAUGUCAACUCUAUGAACUAGAAACUUACCUCUCAUUAAAUAGGCGUUAAUUAUCUUCAGCAAGGGGCAUUUUCUCUAGAUGUGUCUGUGCAUGAUUUGUUACUGCCUUUUGGUCUCUUGUGUACAAAAAAAAAAUAGGGAAACAAUGCAAUGUGCCUCAGGUUUGAAAGACUAAGGCUCAUCUCUUUUCCUACUGUGCUGUACAAUGGCAGUAGGCUCCACUUACAGUGGCGUAGGAAUAUUACUGUUCUUAUCCUGGCUGUAUGACUGAACCUCUGAAUUUAAAACUCUGGAAAGACAAGUCAUGUCAUAAGCUUAUUGUAGAAUAGGAGAAACUUUAUUAGUGGUUGUUUGGUGACAAGGCACUAUAGGUGGGUGAGGACCAGCUGUGAGAAACCUAGAUUUAAGCUGCUUCAGCCAUUCAAAAAAUGUUAUCUGUAUUUCAGUGUGGGCAUUUAGUGGCAUAAUCUUACGUUCUAAUUGACAUUUUUUGUGUCAUCAGUGAUUUGAUUUAUUCAUCUUUUCAAAGUAUCUGUCCCUAAGGAUCUACAAUAAUAUUCUUGCCAUUACCAAUUAAGCUGCUAUAGUAACAUUAAAUAUAAUGGUAACAUUUCAAAAUUUCUAUAAUAUUAAUAUUUGUUCUCAUGAAUAUUACAUAUAAUUAAAUUUUGUUAGUGCCUCUAGUGAUUCCUAUUACUUAUACAAACUGCUGUAUAAUUAAGCUGAAUUGAUAUCACAAUUUGGUCAUACAGAGGCAGCGGACCUCACAUGAGGCAGCCCAACUGCAGGUUAGGGCAUAUCUCUAGAAUAAGACUUAUAACUGGUUUGAAUGCAGUAAAACCGCCAUGCUUAGUGAUUGGUUACAAUCAGUACUUGCAUUUGUUAGCUAACUGUGAAGUUGCUGUGGUGUUCAGGUAAUAUCUUACUUGGAUCAAGUUUCCUCUUAGUAUGCAAAGUUGCUGCAAGGAAGACAGCUAUUCCCACAGCUCCUGAAGCAAUAUGCAAAAAUAGCUAUGCAGCAAUGUGCAUCUGAUUACAGAAACUAACUAAUCAGAAGUAGGUAAAACUCUACAUUUAUCAUCCAGGGCUAGGGAGGGCAAGAGUUAGAGUGCUGUUUAAGGUUCACAGUUUUGAGCUUCAGGAUUAAGGUUUGUAUCCAAGUAAGCUCUAUUGAGAGUAGACCCAUUGAAAUGAAUAGACCUAAGUUAGUCAUGUCAAUGCGUCUGCUACUCUGAGUAGGAUUAACAUGGGAUACGUUAGGUCUCUACCUCUGAAACUGGCUACAAAGUUUGCUUUUAUGUGAGACUGUUGCAGCACUUUAAAAGAGCUAGGAGAACUUUAACAUGACUUUAUUACUUGUGAGACAGUAGCAUUAACAAGUUGAUCAUAGCCUGAAAAGCAAAAACAAUAAAUAACUGGGGCAUGUUAUAUGUGGGGCAAUGCCCUUGGCUUGCUAUUUUCAUUAUAGGCAAUCUGCCUGUGACUAAAAAAUAUACACCUUGCAUUUUGUAAAUUUGUAGGUUAUGCCUUCUGAUCCAUUGUAAAUCGAAAUAUCACAAUUCUGUUUUAUGAGAGAGGUAUUAGAAACCUGGUUUUGCCUUUUAAUCCCUGUUUGAGGAAGAAGUAGUAGCUGUGAUAUUAAGUGAGGGUGUUUUUUUGCAUCUUGAAACUUGGUUUCAUUUAACUUUUCAGUAUAACUUCUAAAAAUCUGUUACAUAUACAGCUGUGAAUGGAAACUGCCACUUUUUAUAGACUUGAAUUUAUCAGGUUGAUCUGUUAGAGGUUCUAUGAAAUGCUAUGAAAGGUGGGGGAAGCCACUUUGAUUCAGAAAGUUAAAUUUUUAAAAUGAAAUUCACUUAUCUGUUUGGCAUUUUGUAUUUAAAAUGGCUGUAUUUAUUUGUCAUGACAAUUUAUAUAUAUGUGCCAUAAUUGUACAGAUAGCAUGUUUUAUGGGUUUGGUUUCUAAAUGGAAAAUAACUUAAUGUUUAUAUUCAAUAAAGUAUAGAUGCAUA